UGCAAGACUCCAACAUCGUCCGAUCACAAGAUUCCGGAGGUGACGUAUACGUUAUGCCCACCGGCUCCGAGAAAACCUAAACCGAACCGGUCUUCUGGUACGAAACGAAAAUUAACGCCGGUUAAUGUCGUUAACCGUAUACCGAUUGAUCUGAGCCGUGAGAUCGAGAUGUUCUUCGAGGAUUUGGACCGUAGGAUCAAGAAGUCACGGAAACAAUAAAG